CAGCCGCCGUCACAGGAGAAGAAGCAGUUCCGCUCACAUGUCACGUUGAGAGUUUACAGUGAACUCAUGUUGUAGCUUAGCGCCGAAUCUGUAGCACUAACAGGGAAAGUAGUGUUAUUUAUUUUACCUGUGGUUAUAAUCAUAGACUGUAUAAAACAGGUCAUCAUGGAUUCGUCUGGAUCUUCCGCUAGAAAACAGAGAAAGACUGUGAAAAGGCCGCCGAGCGAGGAUGCGAGCGCCGCGGAGCAGCGUCUGAAGCAGAAGAAGCACGCGGCGCUGUGCGCGACGCUCGGCGGGGAGGACGCGUCCGUCAGACUGCUGGAGCAACUGGUGUUCGGCGCGGAGGAGCAGCUGAGCGAGCGUCUGGAGCAGAUACCGCAGGACAGCCGUGUGUUCCUGGAGGAUGAGGACGGCUCUGAGGACAGCGGCUCCGAGGGUCCGGCGCGGCCCAUCAUCAGGAGCGCUGUGUGGGAGGAUGAGGACGAUCAGCUGGAGGAAGAGGUUGACAUGACACACCGGUUUCGCAGAGACUUUAAAAAGAGUGAGGCAGAGAGUAAGAUGAGCAAGCAGAGGCUACAGCAGCGCUUAAAGGAGCAGUUUCAGAAGGCCAUGGGCGGCACACCCAGCUGGGCAGAGGAGACCACGGACAGACCGAGGAGAGACGCUGAGGACGAGGACGAGGAUGAAGAGCUGCUGCGCAGGACUGGGGACUUCAUCAGCUCGUCUCACAGUCUGCCCAAGGGAGUCAUUAAGAUAAAGAAGUGCCUGAAUGCCAACAGUGAGUGUCCUGGAGCUGAUCAGCUGAGCUCCGUGCAGUUUCACCCGUCUGCUCAGAUCCUGAUGACCGCAGGCCUGGAUCACUCCAUAUCACUCUUUCAGGUGGACGGCAAGAACAACCCAAAGAUCCAGACCAUCCAUCUGGAGAAUUAUCCAGUGAACAAGGCUUCGUUCAGUGCUGAUGGGGAGCAUAUAGUGGCCACCGGACUGAGGAACAAGCUCUUCUACAUCUAUGACAUGAUGGAAGGAAAAGUGAUCCCAGUGUCUAGUGUCAGAGGUCUGAAUGAGCAGAGGGUGUCAGACUUCCAGGUUUCUCCAGAUGGGAAGUAUCUUCUCCUCUCUGGUUCUUCAGGAUAUCUCCAUCUGAUGACCACAAAGACCAGGGAAGUGGUCCGGAGCAUGAAGAUGAACGGCAGUGUGUGCGCUGCAGCCUUCACCCCCGACAGCAGCAAGAUCUUCGCCAACUCCCAGGAAGGCGAGGUGUUCAUCUGGGAUGUGCAGAGCAGUAAAUGUCUGAAGAAGUUUGCGGAUGACGGCUGUGUCAGAGGAACGUCUCUUGCUCUGUCCCGGGACGGCCUGUAUCUGGCCUGUGGGUCUCAGAGCGGCGUGGUGAACAUCUACUCUCAGAAGGACUGUCUGCACACACUGGAGCCCAGGCCUCUGAAGGCCGUCAUGAACCUGGUGACCCCAGCCACCUCUCUGAGCUUCAACAGCUCCUCUGAGAUCCUGGCCAUCGCCUCCAGAGCGGACGACGAGGCCAACCGGCUGGUCCAUCUUCCGAGUUUCACAGUGUUCUCCAACUUUCCACGAUUCCAAAAGAAGACGAUAUUUCGCGCCCAUUGUCUGGAUUUCUCCCCACAGAGUGGAUUCUACACCGUGGCCAAUAACAAAGGCUCUGCUCUGCUCUUCAGGCUUCUGCAUUACACUGACUUCUAGAGAUGAAGACUCCAGACUCCAGACGGCUCAUGGGUUCUUCUGAUUUCUGUUCAAUAAAGCUUUGCCAUAUGACUCUCAGAA